AUGGAGAAUGAUUGUUGUGUUCAUGUGAGGAAAGGCCAUAAAUGCCAAACCUUCGCUGAUAAUGUUAAUGCUCCACCUAUACCAUUAAACGUGUUGGCAGCACCAUGGCCAUUCUCCAUGUGGGGAAUAGACAUGAUCAGGGCCAUCGAACCCAAGGCUUCAAACGGGCAUCGCUUCAUCUUAGUCGCCAUUGAUUACUUCACCAAAUGGGUGGAAGCAGCUUCAUAUGCUAGCGUGACUAGGAAUGUGGUGAUUAGAUUCACUAAGAAGGAGAUAAUUUGCAGAUAUGGAUGGCUUCCUGCAAAAGAAAGGCACCAGCCUCAGCAUCUUAGGCCUGCUAUGAUAGAUUGA